GAAUCUUCUAACAUGUUUCAACAAUCCCUACUGUUUCUGUGUUUGUUUUAAAGAUAUCACUGUGAUUUUGUUCCAUUUGCAACUGGAGACUAAAUGACACCAAGCAGAAUCUGCUGUUAGGUUAGAUUACAAGGAUACUUUGAGACACAUAAAAACAUGCAAACUUCAUCAUUAGCCUGUUGUUUCCUGCUUGUCUCUCUGUGCUUUGAUUUUUCUCAAAAUGAAACCAGUGCACCUCUCAGGAAGCAAAGGAGAAGAAUGCGUUACAGAGGAUUGAGAAGCUCUUCAGCAGGGCACAGGUCCCCAAGAGAGCCAAGGAUGAAGCUUCCAGAUCCUGUAGUACCCAGCAUACCUCUUGUUAAUUUUGAUGACAGUGUUAUGGGAGUAUUUGACUCUCUCAUAGGUUUGGGUGGACAUGAAUCUAGUUACAGUGUCUUACCAGGAAAGAAGGGGCACUGCAUAGCUAAUGGGAUGAUUAUGUAUGAUAAAGCUGUUUGGUCUCCCAAGCCCUGCAUCACCUGUCUCUGUUCAAAAGGAAAAGUGAUAUGUGAUACAACCAUGUGCCACCCUCUGAAAUGUCCCCAAACUGUUAUACCUGAAGGAGAAUGCUGCCCUGUUUGCUCAGAUACUGCCUCCUCUUUGGAUUCAAGUAUUAUUUCACUGGAUGACAUAAGUGAGUUGUCUGGUGAUUCUCCAGAACCCAAUGACCUUGACAACGCCAACGUAUUGUCACCAGCACCUACUCAAACUAAAAAAGAUGAACAGCUUGGAACAGAAGUGGUAGAGUUUAAAGAGAAAGAAAGUCAUAAAAAAGAUAAGAAAAGAAAAAGGAAAAGCAAAAAAAAUCGUCAGAAGUCUAAAGCUCAUCACAGAGAAAAGAAGCCUAUCACAAGAAAGGACCCGGCAGAAGAAGAAAUACAAGAUGAAAGUGAUGAAGAUGAUGGUACUUUCAAAAUGCCAUCUCAUUUCCCAAUUCCUGUUCCACCCAUAGAAGCUCCCCCUUUGCCAUCUGGAUGUUCCACCUCAGACACCACAGUAAGCUGUAUUAAUGCCAAACUUACACAAAUUCCGCCAAUCUCAGAUCCAGAUCUAACAAGUCUAGACCUUACAGGAAAUAGUAUUACUACUAUCUCAGAUGAAGCAUUCAAUGGAAUUCCUAAUUUGGAGUGGAUUGACUUGAGUAAAAAUAAUAUUACCUCUCCUGGCAUAGGUCCACAAGCAUUCAAAAGCCUGAAAAAACUAAAACGUUUGUAUUUGGAUGGAAAUAUGCUGGUACAUAUUCCCACUGCAUUGCCAUCAACUUUGGAAGAAAUAAAAAUAAAUGACAACCACCUUCAUGCCAUUGAUGAAGAUGGCUUACAAGAUUUAAAGAACUUGGUCACCCUGGAAUUAGAAGGAAAUAAGCUUAGUGAAGCGAAUGUCAGUCCUUUGGCCUUUUAUCCUUUGAAGAGUCUCUCUUAUUUGCGACUGGGAAGAAAUAAAUUUAGAAUUAUUCCACAAGGUCUUCCUGCCACUCUUGAGGAGUUAUACCUUGAAAAUAAUCAAAUUGAAGAAGUGUCAGAAAUUUGCUUUAACCAUACAAGAAACAUAAAUGUUAUUGUGCUAAAGCACAACAAAUUAGAAGAGCACAGAAUAGCACCUUUGGCUUGGAUAAACCAAGAGAACCUGGAAUCAAUUGAUCUCUCUUAUAACAAGUUAUAUCAUGUUCCCUCCUAUCUGCCAAAAUCUUUACUACAUCUGAUACUUAUAGGAAAUCAAAUUGAAAGAAUUCCAGGAUAUGUCUUUGGUCACAUGAAGCCAGGAUUGGAAUAUCUAUACCUCUCCUUUAACAAACUUACUGAUGAUGGAAUAGAUCCAGUAUCAUUUUUUGGGGCAUACCACUCUCUGAGAGAGUUGUUUCUGGAUCACAAUGAAUUAAAGUCUGUGCCAUUUGGAAUCGAUGAAAUGAGAAAACUGCGUUUUCUAAGACUGAAUAAUAAUAAAAUAAGGACUGUCCCUCCAGAACGCAUCUGCAAGGCUCAUAUCACUGAUGAUGAUCACGAGAACAGUGAAGAGGAGGAGAAUGAAGAGUCACUUUUGGAACAUGUUCAUCUUGAAAACAAUUAUAUAAAGACCAGACAGCUGUCACCACAUGCAUUUCCAUGCAUAAGAUCCUAUUGCAGUUUUGUUCUCAAACCACAGAAGAGCAAAUGA